AACAACAAACCAAACCGAAAAAAUAAAACGAGAGGGUAGAGAACGGCUUUGAGUGUUGGCGAGGCUUUUAGACACCUGACUGGGGGAAAAAAAAAAAAAGUGUCUGUUCCUUCUGCAACGUUGCUCCGAGACAUAAAUUUGCCAUGGUUCGUGGUGAAACGCUCCUUUCAGGUCGCAGGCGCUGGCUGGGGCUGGCACCGGCUCCUGCCGCCCCCGACACUAACCCAGAGCCUUUUAACAUUAUUUUUUUGUGGUGGCGAGGGAGAGUAACUUUUUUUUUUUUUGAGGACGGAAAUAUGAAAAGCGGCGAGAAACCCGUAGAAAAUUCACCUCGUUCACAGGGUUGUAAUAAAACAGGGAGAUCCCUUUUGCUGCUUUAUUGCCGUGCUUAGCACCCGCAAAGAUGCUGCUGUGCCUGCAGUUGCCUGACCUCCUUCUUUGGGAGCAGAUCCUGCAACGGCAUCAACAAAAAACCCAAGAAAUCUCCCUCUUUGGCAUCCCGCCGGCGUUCCAUCCUCACGGCGAAUUCGUGGGGGUUAUUUUUUUGGGUUGUUUUCGGGAGAAAAGGGAUUUUUAUUUAGGGAGGCGGCUGGACGCGCGCACGUCCCGCGCACUGUGGGGCUGAUGGCAGCCGCGGGCUCUGCUCUCUCGCCCACCCAGACCAUCCUGAACUCCAUGCACAAGUACCAGCCCAGGUUCCACAUAGUCCGGGCCAACGACAUCCUCAAGCUGCCCUACAGCACCUUCCGCACCUACGUGUUCCCCGAGACCGACUUCAUCGCCGUCACUGCCUACCAGAACGACAAGAUCACCCAGCUGAAAAUCGAUAACAACCCCUUCGCCAAGGGCUUUCGGGACACGGGCAAUGGCCGGCGGGAGAAGAGGAAGCAGCUCUCGCUGCCGUCCCUGCGGAUGUACGAGGAGCCCUGCAAGCCCGAUCGCGACGGCGGGGAGUCGGACGCCUCCUCCUGCGAGCCCUCGGCCGUGCGCGACGCCCUCCACUCGCCCGUGGGUGCCCUCCCCAGCCCCCUGCGCCUCAAGGGCAGCGGCAGAGGUAACGGAGGAGUCUCGGUCCCCAGACAACCCCAAACGUCCUCAGACAUCGGGGUUCUGCUCCCUCGGGGCUGCUGUGUGCUGAUUUCUUGGGGGCAGUGAGGCAAAACACCAAGGAGAAUAAAGAUGGGGAUGCGCAGGGAGGAAAAGACAAGAACUGAGCAAACUCAAAUGGCAUUCACGAGUUGCAACGUUUUUUCUCUUUAUAUAUUUUAACUUGACUAUAUAUUGCAUCUUCUAUACAGUUUAUAUCUUGUAUUUAUAUUAUACAAGGAGAAAUGGCAAGGCAGACCGUGCGCUCUCCAUAUUAGCCUGGCUCCUUACUGGUGUGUGCCCUGCCUUCCAUGG